UGCAAUAUUUUCGUGAGCGAUUCUCGCACGCAUGGAGUAUAAUAAGAUUACAAAUUAAUCGAAAGCAUUAAUUAGAUGAAUUAAUAAAUUAUAUUUUUCUACUUUACAGUUCUCUGAUAAUACACUAAGAUGAACACGAAAUGUUUACUUUGGAUAUUUAUCGGACUAAUAACUACAUACACGAUAAAUGCCGCAAAAAUCUUAGCCUUCACGCCAAUAGCUGGAGCCAGUCACUGGAAUGUUAUGAGCUCUGUACUGGAAGUACUAUUAAAUCGGGGCCACUCUAUUACAGUAGUGACGCCAUUUUUAAGAAAAAUACCACAUGAAAAUUACACUGAAAUUGACAUAUCUAAACUUGUACCGCUAGCAAUAGGAUCAUCUUGGAAAACGGUGAUCGAGGUGUACAAGCCCCUUUCGGAAUGUCUGAAAUUUCUAAACGACGUUCAUCUGAAAACGUGUGACUUAAUAUUCGACCAUCCAAACCUCCAACGCGCGCUACAUGUGGGGCAUUAUGACCUCGUAAUCACAGAGUUGCUCGGCUCUCGAUGUGACUUGUACUUAGCCAACUACCUGGGUGUACCACACAUAGCCAUCGUCUCCAGUCAGAUGAUCACCUGGUAUCAGGAUUCGUUCGACAGCCCGUCGAACCCAUCGUACAUCUCGAACUUGCAAUCGCCGUACUUAAAGCCGGAGACGUUCGUCCAACGGUUUUGGAACUUUAUCGACUAUGCGAUUAUUUGCACAUACUUCAAAUACAUAGACACUGCGGCCACGGUGAUGGGACGUAAAUAUUUCGGCGACAGCAGGCCACACGCUGAAGUCUUACUCCGUAAUGUAUCAAUGGUGUUCCUUAACACGCACUCGAACUUCGAUUUGGCCAAACCGUUGGCGACCAAUUUUAAAGAAAUUGGAGGCAUCCACUUGAAACCACCCAAACCAUUGCCCACUGAUCUGGAAGAAUUUAUCAACAACUCCGAACAUGGCGUAAUAUAUUUCAGUUUGGGGUCCGUGAUCAGGAUGGAAGAUUUACCAAUUAAUAUACAACAUGGACUCAAAGAAGGAUUCAAAGAAUUACCUCAAAAGAUUUUAUGGAAAUUAGAGUCAGAUAAGCCAAUUAUCGAUUUGCCCGAAAACAUAAUCACAAGAAAAUGGUUUCCUCAGUAUGAUAUUAUAAGACAUCCAAAUGUAAAACUUUUCAUAACACAUGGUGGUAAUUCUGGUGUUAUCGAAGCGACUAGUGCAGGCAUUCCAGUACUUGGCUUUCCUGUAUUUUUUGAUCAACCAAGAAAUUUAGAACUAUUCAAACAUUGGGGUUCCGGCUUAUUCGUAGACUACAAUAAUUUUACAAAAGAAGACUUUGUAUACAAGAUUAAACAGAUUAUAAGUGAUAAAAGGUUCAAAGAAAAUGCCAUGGAUUUAUCGCACCGUUACCACGAUCGUCCACUCAAUCCUAAAGACACAGUGGCCUAUUGGACAGAGUACGUGUUACGACACAACGGCGCACACCAUCUAAAAUCUCAGAUCAUAAAUACUAAAUGGUAUCAGUACUUCUCACUGGACUUUCUUGCUAUUACAUUCGUUAUAACUAUGUCAUUACUAUACUUCUUUUACAAUGUUAUUUCCAUCAUUCUAAAUUAAAGACCAUCAAUAAUAUGAGACA